AUGCCUGAGUACUGUGUAACCGGAGGAACUGGAUUUAUUGCAGCUUACCUCGUAAAGUCGUUGCUCGAAAAAGGUCACACUGUUAGAACCACGGUUAGAGAUCCAGAAAAUGCAGAGAAAGUAGGCUAUCUUUGGGAGCUAAAUGGAGCCAAGGAGAGGCUCAAGAUUAUGAAGGCCGAUUUAGUGAAUGAAGGAAGUUUUGACGAGGCGGUUGAGGGAGUUGAUGGGGUCUUCCACACCGCGUCUCCUGUGUUCGUCAGCCAUGAUGACAAUGUUAUGGCAAGUUACUUUACCAUAUAUAAGAUUCCAAAUCCAAGAAAAAACGGAGGGCCUAGAGCCAUCUCUGAUUAUGCUGGUGAAUAUUUGCAGGAAAAGCUGGUUAAUCCAUGCAUAAAAGGGACCGUGAAUGUGCUGAACUCGUGCAAGAAAGCCAAAAGUGUGAAAAGGGUUGUGCUCACCUCUUCUUCUUCUUCAGUUCGAUACAGAUACGAUGUGGGAAAAGUGUCGCCGCUUAAUGAAUCUCACUGGAGUGAUCCUCAAUAUUGUACAAACAACAAUCUUUGGUAUGCUUAUGCCAAAACCAUAGCAGAAAAGGAGGCAUGGAAGUUUGCUGAGGAAAAUGGGAUUGAUCUGGUGGUGGUGAACCCCUCAUUCGUAGUUGGACCUCUGCUUGCACCUCAACCUACUAGCACUCUUUUACUUACAUUGGCUAUUAUCAAAGGGGUAAGAGGGGAGUUUCCGAACCAGAGAUUAGGUUUCGUGCACAUAGAUGACGUCGUGAAUGCUCAUGUCUUGGCAAUGGAAGAAAGUAAGGCGUCGGGCAGGCUCAUAUGUUCCAACUCCGUGACACACUGGUCAGAGAUCAUUGAGAUGUUACGGGCGAAAUACCCGUCAUACCCUUACGAGAACAAGUGUGGGAGUCAGAAAGGUGAUGACAAUCCACAUAGCAUGGACUGUAGCAAGAUCAUUAAGUUGGGCCUCCCUCCUAUGAAAACAUUGGACCAAAUGUUUGAUGACUGCAUUGCAAGUUUUCAAGCAAAGGGCCUUCUUUAG